UGGCUGUGCUCUUCGCUCUGUACCCCUCCACAUUUGAAGGGAGAGGAAGAUGCCACUGCCAUUUGGAUUGAAACUCAAACGCACGCGGCGCUACACCGUGUCCAGCAAGAGCUGCCUGGUUGCCCGGAUCCAGCUGCUCAAUGAUGAGUUUGUGGAGUUCACACUGUCAGUGGAGAGCACUGGCCAGGAGAGCCUGGAGGCUGUGGCCCAAAGACUGGAGCUGCGAGAGAUCACUUACUUCAGCCUCUGGUACCACAAUAAGCAAAACCAGCGCCGGUGGGUAGAUUUGGAAAAGCCUCUAAAGAAGCAGCUGGACAAGCACGCGCUGGAGCCCACUGUCUAUUUCGGGGUGGUGUUUUACGUGCCUUCAGUCUCGCAGCUGCAGCAGGAGAUCACCAGGUAUCAGUAUUAUCUGCAGCUGAAGAAAGAUAUCUUGGAAGGCAACAUUCCUUGUACCUUAGAACAAGGAAUACACCUAGCAGGCUUAGCUGUUCAAGCUGAUUUUGGUGACUUUGACCAGUAUGAAUCCCAGGACUUCCUUCAGAAAUUUGCCUUGUUUCCUGUGAGGUGGUUACAAGAUGACAAAGUAUUGGAAGAAGCAACCCAAAAGGUGGCUUUACUUCAUCAGAAAUACAGAGGGCUCGCCGCUCCUGACGCCGAGAUGCUGUACAUGCAGGAGGUGGAGCGGAUGGAUGGCUACGGAGAGGAGAGCUACCCCGCCAAGGAUAGCCAAGGCAGUGACAUAUCCAUCGGGGCAUGUCUGGAUGGGAUCUUUGUGAAGCACAAGAAUGGAAGGCCUCCUGUGAUAUUUAGGUGGCACGACAUCGCCAACAUGUCCCACAACAAGUGCUUUCUCGCACUGGAGCUGGCCAGUAAGGAAGAGACCAUCCAGUUCCAAACCGAGGACAUGGAAACGGCAAAAUACGUAUGGAGACUCUGUGUGGCACGACACAAGUUUUACAGACUGAAUCAGUGUAGCCUGCAAACCCAGGCCGUCACGCUGAACUUGAUCAGGAGAAGGUCUUCUUCAAGGAUGUCUCUGCCUAAACCGCAGCCCUAUGUGAUGCCUGCCCCGCCCCCACUGCACUACAAUGGACAUUACUCAGAGCCCUACACCUCCUCCCAAGAUAACCUCUUUGUGACCAAACAGAAUGGAUACUAUUGUCACUCCCAGACAAGCUUGGAUCGCGCCCAGAUUGACCUCAGCGGUCGCAUCAGGAACGGCAGCGUCUACAGCGCGCACAGCACCAGCUCCUUAAAUAACCCGCAGCCCUACCUGCAGCCCUCACCCAUGUCCUCCAACCCGAGCAUCACCGGGAGCGAUGUCAUGAGGCCAGACUACAUCCCCUCACAUCGGCACAGCGCCCUGAUACCCCCCUCUUACCGGCCCACCCCGGAUUAUGAGACUGUGAUGAAGCAGCUCAACCGAGGCCUGGUGCCCGCGGACAGGCAGAGCCACUCACUGAGGAACCUCAACAUCGGCAACUCCUACGCCUACAGCCGGCCGGCCGCGCUGGUCUACAGCCAGCCGGAGAUUCGCGAGCACGCACACCUGGCCUCGCCGCAGUCGGCGCACUACCCGUUCAACCUCAACUACAGUUUCCACAGCCAGUCUCCUUACCCCUACCCCGCCGAGAGGCGGCCGGUGGUGGGGGCCGUCAGCGUGCCGGAGCUGACCAACGUGCAGCUGCAGGCCCAGGAGUACCCGGCGCCCAACAUCAUGAGAACCCAGGUGUACCGCCCGCCGCCCCCCUACCCCUACCCCAGGCCGGCCAACAGCACCCCGGACCUGUCCCGCCACCUCUACAUCAGCAGCAGCAACCCGGACCUCAUCACGCGGCGCGUCCACCACUCGGUGCAGACGUUCCAGGAGGACAGCCUGCCGGUGGCCCACUCCCUGCAGGAGGUCAGCGAGCCGCUCACGGCCGCGCGGCACGCGCAGCUGCAGAAGCGGAACAGCAUCGAGGUGGCCGGGCUGGCGCACAGCUGCGAGGGCCUGCGGCUCAAGGAGAGGACCCUGUCGGCCUCGGCCGCCGACGUGGCCCCGCGGGCCGCCGGCUCCCCGCCCGCCGUGUUCCUGGACAGGGCCCAACGGGAGGACGCGGCCGAGCCGGGAAGCCCGAGGUACGGUCACAAAAAGUCCCUUUCGAAUGCCACCGUGCUGAUCCACAGCAGCGAAGACGACGAUGACGACGAGUUGGAAGAGGACAACCGGCCCCCGGUGCCGCUCUCGCCGCGGCUCCGGGCGUCCCAGGGCGGGCACCCCCCUGACACGCCGCCCUCCCACCCCAGCGGCUCGGUGCCCGCCCUCGCCGGCCCCCUGCACAUUCUCGAGCCCCCGAUCCCCGUGGCAGACCCCGAGAGGAGGGCCAGGGACGCCGGCCCCGCCCUGAUGGCCGCGGUGCAGCGGCGCCACAGAGAAGGGGUGCUGACGCCCUCCAUGUCGGAGUCCGACCUCACCACGUCGGGGCGGUACCGCGCCAGGAGGGACUCGCUCAAGAAACGGCCCGUGUCAGACCUGCUCUCUGCCAGGAAGAACCCUGGUGAAGGCCUGCCGCCGUUGGGGGGAAUGAAAAAGAGAGUAGAUGCCAAAAAAAUCGGACCUCUCAAAUUGGCUGCUCUCAAUGGACUCUCUCUGUCCCGGCUGCCUCUACCAGAUGAAGGGAAGGAAGUGCCCGCCCGAGCCACCAACGAUGAGCGGUGUAAAAUUCUGGAACAGCGACUAGAACAGGGAAUGGUGUUCACAGAAUAUGAACGAAUUCUUAAGAAACGCCUUGUUGAUGGGGAGUGCUCAACAGCACGUCUCCCUGAAAAUGCAGAGAGAAAUCGAUUCCAGGACGUCCUUCCUUAUGAUGACACCAGGGUGGAGUUAGUCCCAACCAAAGAAAACAACACCGGCUACAUCAACGCAUCACAUAUUAAGGUCUCUGUCAGUGGGAUCGAAUGGGAUUACAUUGCCACACAGGGGCCGUUGCAGAGUACCUGCCAGGACUUUUGGCAGAUGGUGUGGGAACAGGGAAUUGCAAUUAUAGCAAUGGUCACUGUGGAAGAGGAGGGCGGAAGGGAGAAGAGCUUUAGGUACUGGCCGCGGCUGGGCUCCAGGCACAACACCGCCACCUACGGGAGGUUUAAGAUCACCACGCGCUUCCGCACAGACUCGGGCUGCUACGCCACCACCGGCCUGAAGAUGAAGCACCUCCUCACCGGGCAGGAGCGCACCGUCUGGCACCUGCAGUACACCGACUGGCCCGCGCACGGCUGCCCCGAGGACCUCAAGGGGUUCUUGUCAUACCUUGAAGAGAUCCAGUCUGUCCGACGCCAUACGAAUAGCACAAGUGAGCCCAGGAGCCCCAGCUCGCCGGUGCUGGUGCACUGCAGCGCAGGCGUGGGGCGGACAGGAGUGGUCAUCUUAUCGGAGGUCAUGAUCGCCUGCCUGGAGCACAACGAGAUGCUGGACGUCCCCAGGGUGCUGGACAUGCUGCGGCAGCAGCGGAUGAUGAUGGUGCAGACGGUCGGCCAGUACACGUUCGUGUACCGGGUUCUCAUCCAGUUCCUGAAGAGCUCGCGGCUCAUCUGAGCUCACAGCUGGGCUGGGACUGACCGCGGCAGCGUUCACAGCUCGGAGUGCCUGCCUGCCGCCCGCCCUCUCCUGGACGCGCCUGCCCACAGAAAGCUCCUCCGACAGGAGAGAGGGUGUGAGGGCUUCACUGAGAGCGCGCCGGUCACUGGCCGCACGGGGCGGGGGGUUUCGGCCGGACGGGUGCUGCAGCGGACCCGGUCCAGGGCCCGGCCUGCUCUGGCCGCCCCAGUGCUGGCCUCGGUGCUGGCCCGCGUCCCAGAGGUCACGUUUUCUAGACAGUGUCCUCCUGUUUUCUGAAACUAUGCUAGGCGAUGCUGCCGGUCGUUGAGGGUGCAUGAAUUUUUUAAAGCUAGUUUUUGAUAAUGGAAUUUUAUUUUAUGACUAAAAUAUUUCAGGCUUUCUUGUUGGUAAACUGAACUUUCCGUGGCAAUGAGCUGCAGACAAGUGGCUCCUUUAUCACUUGGUCUUUAAAACCAUCUUACUAUCCUUUGCCCUUUUAAAGAAUCCUGAAUACGUAACAGUUUGGUUACCAGACCCAAAACUACAAGAAGAAUCUAAAAGUGUUAUUUUAAAACAUAAAAAAGGCAUUUUUAUAUUCAGAAAAAAAAUUUUUUUUAUCCAAAACUUCUAUAUCUUUGUGCUAUCAAUAUUUUCCAAACAAGAGCGCUCAACUCACUAAGGUACUGAAAGGAGUCUGCCAGCAGGAGGGAAAGUUGGGGUGAAGGUACAGUAUUUAAAAUGUGACCAUGAUCAGAUUUGCUCAUUUCUUCAGUAUUAUUCAUAAACAUAAAUGAGUUUGGUUAUAUGGUUGAAGAUGAAGUGAAGAACAAUUGCAUAGGAUUGUUUCAAGCACUUUUUUGGUUAAAAUCAAGAAAUCUGAGUUUUAGUAGAUGUGUUGCUGUAUAGCUGAGGCAGUAGCAGUGGCAGUGGGUUGCUUCAGCGUUUUGGAAGAGGUAAGUGUUAAGGAUGUAGGGUGACUGGGGUGAGCAAGUGAGGUGUAGGCUCAGGAUGGGAAUGCAGGGUGCCGGUGUCUUGUGAAAUGCAGUAUUACCCGUCUUCGGACUGAGGCUUGGGAUGCAGGUUCCCCACAGGUAGGUAACCCCAGGAAAUUUAAGGCCUGUCCCUCUCAGUGACUCACUUUUUCCUUGCAGUUUUUCCACCUAAACCUCUAUGCUUUAACAAAUAAAAUUAGGAUCAUUCAAAGACGCUUUGAAGAGGCUGGAUCUUCCCUUGGUUGUGGGAAGGGCGGAGUUAGUAGUUGUUUCACAUCCCCUUCCGGCACUACAGCCCAAACUUGCGGGUCCCCCAGGAGAAAGCUGUGUUACUCAAGAGGUACUUGAAUUUUUGCUCCUUAAUCUUUGAACUUCUCUGAAGACGUCAAUUUUAGUUAGUGGUGUCACUCCCCCAGCCUAUUCAGCACAUCCCAGUGGGCAGCCCCAGGCUGAAUUAAUGGGGGGUAAGGAGGGGCGUGGUUGGUGCUGGUCCCAGCCAGGACGAUCUUGUAUUUGGAGCAGAGUAGGUAAUGACUAAGCGGUACAUGUAGCUGAAGCACCAUCUCCGUUUUCUUUUAACUGAGGCUGCUUCUCUAAAAUGUCAGAUCAGACUGUUUCCCCAAGUUACAAUAUCCUAGGGGUAGUUCCGAGUCGCACUAAAGCAGUUGAAUGCUCCUGUCCUUCACACAGUGCGUAUCUGCCUACCUCCGAGUCACGCAGAAACCAGCCACUGAAUUUUCAGAGGAAAAUUCAAAAGAUAUCAAUGGAAGUGACUGUUGAAAGUGGGCACAUUUCUCAUUUAGGUACAGCAUGUGAAUUUUAAAUCUGAAUUUGUAAGAGUUUGGUUUAAAGAAUCAUAGACUCAGAUGUAAAUAGUUAUUAUAAGAACGGGAUGAGAGUUUCAUGGUGAUAGUUCCCAUCUCCACACCGUGUAAAAGACAGGAGUGUUUCCAAGGCUUUUCUAAAUUUUCCACGGUACGUUUUUAAAAAGUGCUUUUCUGUCAGGUUUAAGCAUUGUGAAGUGCCCCACUGACAAGAACAUAUUGUAAAACAAAAAAUCUGAAGAGUAAUAUAUAGUAUAUUUGUAUUCUUAUUGUAAUAAUUUGAUUCUAAGUAAACUGUUUAUGAAGCUAAAAUGUGUCCUAUAAAUGUCACUCUUAGAUGUUGUAUGUGUGACAUAGCUUCUAAGAUCCAUGUAAAUUUUUUGUCCUUUUUGAAUUUAAAAAUUUUAAUUACAGUAGUGAAUAUGAAAAUAUUUGUCAGUAAAACGAAACCUACAUUACAGUGAUUUCCAGCAGUGAACACUGAGGUGUGGUACGUUUCCCAUAUCCGAAUCGACAACGCUAUCAUCUGCCAGACUUACACUAUGCUUUGCGUGUCUUAGUCUCUUUUAGUUCCAUGCUAGUAUUAUUUUCAUAUCAGAGUUACCAAAAUGUUUAUUUUUGCAAAACGUAGAUUAUAAACAGGUGUUUUCCAUUGAUCAGUUUUGACAUCUCUGGCAUCAGUUUUCCUGAUUAGUGAAGGUUUUUGUGAUGAAAAUCGUGUAAUUGGUCAUUGUGAGCACAGAAAGUGUUCAUUUUAGAAUAUCAUUUGGAAUGUUGAUUGCAGCCAUUAUUAAUUACUUCCUUCUGAAACGUCUACUGUGAAGCAUUCAGAAAGUCCUAGAAUUAGCCUUUAAAACUCUUGGGCAGGAUCAAAACUGGACAUGUGCUUCCUUAGAAACUUCCAGAAAGAACAAGGUCUAGGUAGAAAUACAGAGAAAGAGACUAAGGGGUAACAGCAGGUUGGGGGACCAACUUCUCUGAGAAGCUUUCAUCAUCAUCAGAAGAAGAAAAAAAAGAGUCAUAUUAAUGUUCACAAUAGUAGGAAAAUCUAUAUGUAUAUGUGCUGUAUAAUGGGAACCUUAUAUGUAAUAAGAGAUAAAACUGGAGAUGUAGCUGAGCAGCAGGAGUGUAUUUGGGAUUUGCAUGAACCAGAGGAAGUAAGAACUACUGUUUUAUUAUAUGUCGUUUUUAAUAUCAGCUUUUAAAGGAACUCUUGGAUAUAAAUUUAGGGAAAUUACUUCCCAUCAAGAUUUAAUGUGGAACAAACUAAAACUGUCUCUCUCCAGUUUAAAUUUAUUUAAAAAAAAUUAAAUUGGAGGGGUAUGUUUUUUUGAGCUCAGGGAUAGACAUUUCGAAAAUAGAGGAUAUGACGUGCUAGAAAUUUACCUGGGAAAAUACUCCUCAAAAAACCAUGAAUUUUUCAAAUUUCUGUAGCUGAAGACUCCAUUUAUGCUGGUAUCCACAAUUACAGAAAAAUGAGGAUGAGUCAGAAAGUCCAACUGUUUAAAGUUUGUAUGUGUUGGGGAGUACAUGGUUACAGAACUUUAGAAAAUAUUUGAAGGGGUCUUAGAUUGUUAAAUUGGCAGUUUUCUGUAUAUUGUGGACAGUUACCAAAUAAAAAUU